AUGGCGAGCUCAGAACUCCUCCUUUCUCAUUCUGAGUCUUCAGCGGUUACCGCCACAGUAGAUCCCAUUACCGCUUCUUCUUCUCUGAAGCGGAAGAGACCCCCCAUGAUUGAGAUCCCAAACGUCUUGCAAGAAAUUAAAACCGAAAAGCUCCGAGAUUUCACGCCAGAGAACGACGCCGUCUGCUUCAGUGGGAUUGGAGUUGGGGUCUCCGCCGCCAAAGGCAAGAAAAAGUUUAUGGAAGAUACCCACAAGAUAGUUUCUUGCUUACAAGGCAACAACUCCAAGAAGGGUUUCUUUGGGGUGUAUGAUGGGCAUGGUGGCAAGAAGGCUGCAGAUUUUGUUGCUGACAAUUUGCACAAUAAUAUUCUUGAAAUGAUGGAAGUGCAUACAGAAAUAGAAGAGGCGAUUAAAGCUGGGUAUCUGAAAACAGACCAGGAGUUCUUGAAACAGGGUUUAGGAAGUGGUACCUGCUGUGUCACAGCCAUAAUUGAAGGGCAAGAGGUCGUUAUUUCAAACUUGGGGGAUUGCAGGGCUGUUCUUUGUAGAGGUGGAGUGGCGGAGGCUCUUACCUUGGAUCAUACGGCAGAACAGGAGGACGAACGCAAACGAAUAGAGAAUGAGGGAGGAUAUGUAGAGUUCCACCGAGGAGCAUGGAGAGUUCAUGGGGUUCUUUCUGUUUCUAGAAGCAUUGGAGAUGCUCAUCUGAAAGACUGGGUGCUGGCUGAGCCUGAAACAAAGAUCCUACAGCUCACUCCAGAUAUGGAAUUUCUUGUAUUGGCUUCGGAUGGACUGUGGGGAGAGGUUGGCAACCAAGAAGCCAUUGAUACGGUGACCCGAUUAUGUUCAGUUCAGAAAAAAUUGGGACCCUCAGGAGAUCUACUGAAGGAUAAUGUGGAAGACUAUGGCUGUGUUAGUGUGAGCCCUUCAUCAAAGUUACGAAGAAUUUCGCUAGUUAAGAAACUUAAAGGCACACAAUCUCCAGGCUACAAGAAGACAGUCAAUAGCUGGAAAGAGAGUGAGAAUGACUUCCCGAGUGAAAAUGAGAGGCCUCCAUCGAAGUCAAGAAUAUCUUUGGUAAAGCGAGUAAACAUGAGGAAUGAAUCUCCCAUAAAAGAGACUCAAUCUCCAGGCUAUAAGAAGACUGACAAUAGCUGGAAAGAUAGUGAGAAUGACUUCGCGAGUGAAAAUGAAAGCCCCCCAUCGAAGUCAAGAAAAAUAUCCUUAGUAAAGCGAGUAAACAUGAAGAAUGCAUCUCCCAUAAAAGAUACUCAAUCUCCAGGCUAUAAGAAGAACGUUAAUAGCUGGAAAGAUAGUGAGAAUGACUUUCCAAUUGAAAAUGAAAGCCCUCCAUCAAAGUCAAGAAGAAUAUCAUUGGUAAAGCGAGUAAAUAUGAAGAUUCAACCAGCCUCCGGUGGACUGGUGGCUGCUUGUAAGGAGCUUGUGAACCUUGCAUUGAGUAGGGGUAGUUUGGACGACAUCACUGUGAUGAUAAUUGAUCUAAAUCAUUUCAGAUGCCAGCUCAGUUGA